AUGAUUCCAAACAUAUUUCGACAAUGUAAUCACAUUGAUUUCGAUCGAUACUUUCUUACCGAGGUUAUGUCUGCUAUUUAUCCAGAUGAUUUUAACUAUACUUACUACGAUUACUCUUUUCGGUUCAGGAAUGACGACUUAAUCUCAACCACUUCCUCGUGGCGGAGUUUUGCUCGUAUUAUUCUCGUUAUCUUACUACGAAUUGGUUUUGUUCUUAUACACAUUGGUAGCGUACCAGUCAACAACGUCAAUUUGAUUCUAUUACAAAACAUCAUUGACUUUUGUUGGGUAACGAUAGUCUAUGCACUUGUUGGAAUUGUCAUCGCCUACACAGGCGACAUAAAAGGUUUGCUUGGCGAAGGACACUGGAUCGGUGACGAAAUCGUCGAUAAGGAUGAAAUUAUAAUCGGCUGGUCAGCCGUAUCAAUUGCUGCUGCAAUUUUAACUUGUGGAAUCGUGGGUCGGACGCAUACCAUCGGUUACCUUAUCAUAGGAUUUUUGUUGGCUGGAUUGGUGCAACCGUUUCUAAUUCAUUGGAUUUGGACGCCACAAGGAUGGAUACGAACAAACGUAUUAUUGCAGCAGGAGGUGUAUUUCCACGAUUAUGGCGGCUCCGCAGUUGUUCACCUUGUGGGUGGAUUGUCAGGAUUCAUAGGUUGCCUGACUCUUGGUCGAAGGAUACUUCGUCUAGAUGCUAUAGAUGACGCGAGCAUCGCUGUUGGUUCCGCGGGAACUGUUUUUGCUGGUCAAUUAUUCGUGUUCAUUGGUCUACAGAGUCUCGGUAUGUUGAAUAUUCAAGCACUAAGAUUCGAAGUGAAAGCCAAAACACAGAAAAAUAUUUUUGUCAACAAUUUACUGGCCGCGAGUUCGUGCAGUCUGCUCGUUGUGGCUUUCCAUUUCUUUAUUCCUCGUGAAGAAUUUAAUCACUGGACUGUAAUGAGAUGUGUGCAAGCUACUGUAGCCGGUCUGGUGGUAAUAUCUGCUGGACUGGAUAUUUACUCUCCGAUGAUGGCAAUUGGUUUGGGCACGACCGGAAGCAUUAUCUUUUAUUUGGUCUCAAGGCAAGUGUUUAAUAGUGCGCUUGAAGAUUAUUGUAACAUCGUAGCUAUUCACUUGGUCUGUGCUAUUUUGGGAAGUUUUCUCGUUCCUCUUUUCUGUAUCAAUGAACAUGAUGAAGUAAAGAUGAUUUUGUUAAACUUUAUGUGGCAACUGAUCUGUUUAGUCACAAUAAUUGCUUUCGUUGCAAUUACUAUGAUUCUUGCCUUCGGUACCUUACACCACUCGGGCUUGUUGAGAAACAGAUCGGAAUAUUUGAAUCAUUUAAGAGCGAAUGUAGCUGAAGGUAGGACUCGGAGGAAAUCACUCCUGGAGAGAUUAUUCCGUGCCGACAGAGAUCCCGUUUAUCUUCAACCGGGAACAAGUUCCGGUGAACCAUUAUGAACAAAUUCUGGAGUUUCUAGGUAUUAAAAAUAAUGUAUUAACGAAGAAUAUCACGGACCAUGUGAAACAAAUGUUUAAAUGAUUGAUUUAUAUACAAUGAAUUUUUGUACCGAUUGAUCGAAUUAUAUAUCGAUUAGAACAAAGAAAAGGAAAUUUUAUUGUAGUUUAAGUAGAGAGUUAUAGAAGACUCGGUAUCAAAGAUUUUUAACUUUUGUUUUAUUAGAACUUACGGACUAUUCAUACAGUUAUUACAGUAUUUUACAAUAGAAUAAUUUUAAGUUAAAUAAUUAAAGGUUCUAUUAAAGUCGUACACAUAUUCUACACGCGUCUUUCUUUAUUCGUACAAUGACAGCUUUUCUCUUUUUUUGCACAGCAGUCUGUUAGAACACCUACAAAACGUUACCCUUCGCGCGUUGAUUGGUAUAAUUUGCAAUUCAAAUGCGCGCGUAAUUUAAUAUUAGCAAUAUUUUAUCGCUGGUUAAAUAUUAGACUGGCUCGCACAAUAUUAAAUAUGAAGAUAAUUAUAAAUCAUUAAACGAUCUGAAUACUAAUUGCCUAACAAUUAUAAUUUUAACAGUAGUGUUUAAUAGGAAAAAUUAAGGGAACUUCAUAAAUUAUAAUCUUAUUUCCGGUAAUCUUGUUUAAAGAAACAUUUUUAAUGUACCUAAACUGCUAAACCAACGAUGAAGUAGUGCUAAUUACCGAAGGACCUUUUAAAUAUUCGUACUCGUAUAAUGAAUUCCCCUAUGAUUUUUUCCGAUUUCGGUUUGUCACAUAUUAUUGUCAGCUGGCAGAAAUCGGACAAUUUUUGCCACCGCCAUACCGAACAAAAUUGAUUAAUAUUGACUCUAGAGAUUCGACGCUGCGAUUGGUACAAUAAUACAAUUGUAUAUACAACACUGGUAAAAUGGCACGAUUUGACAAAACAGAUCAAUCGCUUAGUAUUAAUAUCGUUAUCUUUAACUAUUAUUAUAUUAACAAUAAACUUUG